CAAGUUUCUCACGCACAGAGACGCUUCAGUUACACUGGGAAUCUCAGGAUAUGUUCUCACUGCAUAUUCUUCAGAAAUUAAGGAAUUUCUAAAGGUAGAGAAACAAAAACAGACUGAGAAGCAGACAUUUAAAUAGAUUUAUGAAGUUUACCUGCAGUUACAGCAGUAAGUAAAAGUGAAACUAAACUGCAGAUUUAGCAGAAGCCAUUACUGAGCUCGGAACAGACGGAGACAGAAUGGCGUCUGGAUCUCCUUCUCUCCUGGAAGAGGAGCUCUCCUGUCCUGUGUGCUCUGAAAUCUUCAGGGAUCCUGUUCUCCUGAGCUGCAGUCACAGCUUCUGUAAGGCCUGUCUGCAGCAGUACUGGGAUCAGAAGGGAUCUCUGGAGUGCCCAGUUUGCAGGAGAAGAUCUUCAAAGGAACAUCCUCCCAUUAGCCUGUCUCUGAGGAAUAUCUGUGAAAUGUUCUUAAAGGAGAAAAGUCAGAGAGCUAAAGCAGGAUCUGAAGUGCUCUGCAGUCUGCACAGUGAGAAACUCAAACUCUUCUGUUUGGAGGAUCAAAUACCCAUCUGUGUUAUCUGUCAGACUUCAAAAAAACAUGAAAACCACAAAGUGCGACCAGUUCAGGAGGCUGCAGAAGAGUAUAAGGAGAAACUCAGGACUGCACUGGCUCCACUGCAGGAGAAGCUAAAAGCCUUUAAUGCAGUGAAGCUAAUCUGUGAUCAAACAGCAGAGCACAUCAAGAUCCAGGCCCAGCACACAGAGAGACAGAUAAAGACGGAGUUUGAGAAACUUCAGCAGUUCCUAAAAGAUGAAGAGGCAGCCAGGAUCACUGCACUGAGGGAGGAAGAGGAGCAGAAGAGUCGGAUGAUGAAGGAGAAGAUCGAAAAGAUGACAGAAGAGAUAUCAUCCCUUUCAGAACAGAUCAGAGCCUUAGAACAGGAGCUGGGAGCUGAAGACGUCUCAUUCCUGCAGAACUACAAGGACACACAAAACAGAGCCCAGUGCACCCUGGGGGAUCCAGAGACGGUCUCAGGAGCGCUGAUUGAUGUGGCCAAGCACCUGGGCAAUCUGAAGUACAGAGUGUGGGAGAAGAUGCUGGGGACUGUUCAAUACACUCCUGUGACUCUGGACCCAAACACAGCACAUCCUGAACUCUCACUGUCUGAGGAUCUGACCAGUGUGAGAGGCAGUGAUGAGGGACAGCAGGUUCCUGAUAAUCCAGAGAGAUUUGAUUGGUGGGGGUGUGUGCUGGGCUCUGAGGGAUUCAGCUCAGGGAGACACUGCUGGGAUGUAGAAGUGGGGUGUGUGGCCUGGCUGGUGGGUGUGGUUAAAGAGUCCAUCAGCAGGAAAGGGCGUGUGGAUGUGAGCCAAGCAGGAAAACUGUGGAGUAUAGCCCUGUACGAUGGGGAAUACAAAGCCAUGACCUCCCCACCUACAGACCUCACUGUGCAGAGGGACCUCCAGAGGGUCAGAGUGCAGCUGGACUGGGACAGGGGGGAGGUGUCAUUCUCUGACCCCAGUGACAACACUCCUCUCUAUACUUUUAAACACUCCUUCACUGAGAGACUGUUUCCAUUCUUUGGGGGGACUGUGCGGAUCUGCCCACUGAAGGUGUCUGUGUGUGAUGAGGUAAGUCUGCAGAGAUCCUUCACCCCGACGCUGCUGCGUAACAGUGACUCUACCGCCCUCUAUUGGCAUCAGAACUAUUUAUUUACUGAGCUCAGAACAGACGGAGACAGAAUGGCGUCUGGAUCUUCUCUCCUGGAAGAGGACCUCUCCUGUCCUGUGUGCUCUGACAUCUUCAGGGAUCCUGUUGUCCUGAGAUGCAGUCACAGCUUCUGUAAGGCCUGUCUGCAGCAGUACUGGAAACACAAGGGAUCCCAGGAGUGCCCAGUUUGCAGGAGAAGAAAUUCUACGGGUAAUCCUCCCUAUAACCUGUCUCUGAGGAAUAUCUGUGAGACGUUCUUAAAUGAGAGAAGUCAGAGAGCUAAAGCAGGAUCUGAAGUGUUCUGCAGUCUGCACAGUGAGAAACUCAAAGUCUUCUGUUUGGAUGAUCAAAUACCCAUCUGUGCUAUCUGUCAAAUUUCCAAAAAACAUGAAAACCACAAACUGCUACCAGUUCAGGAGGCUGCAGAAGAGGUUAAGGAAAAACUCAGGACCUCACUGGCUCCACUGCAGGAGAAGCUAAAAGCCUUUAAUGCAGUGAAGCUAAUCUGUGAUCAAACAGCAGAGCACAUCAAGAGCCAGGCCCAGCACACAGAGAGACAGAUAAAGAUGGAGUUUGAGAAACUUCAGCAGUUCCUAAAAGAUGAAGAGGCAGCCAGGAUCACUGCACUGAGGGAGGAAGAGGAGCAGAAGAGUCGGAUGAUGAAGGAGAAGAUUGAAAAGAUGACAGAAGAGAUAUCAUCCCUUUCAGAACAGAUCAGCGCCUUAGAACAGGAGCUGGGAGCUGAAGACAUCUCAUUCCUGCAGAGCUACAAGGACACACAAAACAGAGCCCAGUGCACCCUGGGGGAUCCAGAGAAGGUCUCAGGAGCGCUGAUUGAUGUGGCCAAGCACCUGGGCAAUCUGAAGUACAGAGUGUGGGAUAAGAUGCUGGGGACUGUUCAAUACACUCCUGUGACUCUGGACCCAAACACAGCACAUCCCAAACUCUCACUGUCUGAGGAUCUGACCAGUGUGAGACGCAGUGAUGAGAGACAGCAGGUUCCUGAUAAUCCAGAGAGAUUUGAUUGGUUGUGGGUGUUGGGCUCUGAGGGAUUCAGCUCAGGGAGACACUGCUGGGAUGUAGAAGUGGGGGGUGUGGGCUGGUGGGUGGGUGUGGUUAAAGAGUCCGUCAGCAGGAAAGAGGAUGUGGAUGUGAGCCCAGCAGGAGGAGUAUGGGGUAUAGGGGUGUACGAUGGUGAAUACAGAGCCCUGACCUCCCCACCUACACCCCUCACUGUGCAGAGGGACCUCCAGAGGGUCAGAGUGCAGCUGGACUGGGACAGGGGGGAGGUGUCAUUCUCUGACCCCAGUAACAACACUCCUCUCUACACUUUUAAACACUGCUUCACUGAGAGAAUGUUUCCAAUCUUUGGUUCUGUGGAGACUUUGCGGAUCUGUCCACUGGCUGUGUCUGUAAGUCUAAAAUAGCACUGUGGGAUUGUUUGAAAAUAUAGCAGUGGAAUCACUCCAGAGUGCUGCUCUUUU